UCAGUUGACACCAAGUAGGAGGGCUUUAUGGAGGGAGGAAAAAAAAGACAACUCGAGAAAAAUUAGUAUUUUCUACCUUCAGAAAUUAAUGGCCAUGAGUUCGUAUAUGGUGAACUCUAAGUAUGUGGAUCCCAAAUUUCCUCCCUGCGAGGAAUAUUCACAAAAUAACUAUAUACCUGACCAGGGCACGGAAUUCUUCAGUCCAUCGCAGGACACAGACUUUCAGCAUCCAGGGAUCUACCCACGGUCAAACUAUACGGAGGAGCCCUUCAGCUGCAACACUGGGCAGGACUCCACAGUGCAGCCACGGGGUCAUGUGCAAGAGAGAUCCAGCCGCUCGAGCAAUUUCAGCGAACAGACUGAGCAGGCCCCCCCGGUCCAAGUGCCAGGACCCCGGACUUGUGGACAGCAGCAAAACACAAAGAGCCCAAAUGGGAUACAGUCCAAGCAGCCUGCUGUAGUUUACCCCUGGAUGAAGAAAGUCCACGUAACUAAUGUGAACCCGGAUUACACAGGACCUGAGCCCAAACGGUCUAGAACAGCUUACACACGGCAGCAGGUUUUGGAGCUUGAAAAGGAGUUUCAUUUUAACAGGUAUCUGACGAGGCGGCGACGGAUUGAGAUAGCCCACACUCUUUGUCUCUCCGAAAGGCAAAUCAAAAUAUGGUUUCAAAAUAGACGGAUGAAAUGGAAGAAAGAUCACAAACUACCCAACACCAAGGGCAGAUCUGCACCAGCCUCCAGCCAUCUGCAAAGCAUCCAGAAGGAUAACCAGACUGAUAUCACAUCAUUAUAAGAGAAGAGGAAGGUGUCUCACCUUUUUUUUUUUUAAAGAAAUAAACUGUACAUAAAAAAGACAGAGGUUGCAUCUGACUUUUGCAUGGACUGGUGUUGUUUUUAGCCAUUUUUUUAUUUAACGAAAAAGACCCUAGCAGUGUUGACUCAAGACUGAGUCAGAAAAUCAGUCUUUAUAAGUGAGAGGUUUGAAAGCUCAAAGAGACACAAAAACAUCGAAACAAACUUUUCUUUUCAUUCUUCUUUUUUUUUUGUGGACGUUACCUACCUGAGGAUAUUUAAUGAGCAACUUCAGCUGAUUUCAUGGAUUUAAACGAAGUGUUCCAGCGCUUCUCAUUUGGAUUCACGCUGGCUCUAAAGAUUGAAAUCUCUUUAUUCAGAACAGGGAAUUCCUUGGUUCAAAUUACACGCACACACACAAAGGUUAUUUCUGUUUUUCUUUCUAUUCAAACCUCACAUUAAACGCACAAUAUAUAAAUAGCCUAUAUAUAUAUACUUGAAGGAACUAUUAUUUACAUAGAGCACGCCAAACACAACCUACUUUCGUAAGUUGCAAAAACCCCGUUGAAUCUCUUAGUUCCACGUUUCUUUGUGACUCGUAUAUGUUUUAACUUAUUUUGUACAAUAAAGCUUUGAAAUUUUCUUAGCCUAAAUAUUAUUCCCAAACGCAAGACAUUCCUGUGUGCAUACUAUUUUGAGUGCCCUUAUAAAUCUCUCUUGACAUCUUUUGUAAACAGUGUACAUUUUCAGAGGCUCUCUCGUGCCAUUUGAAAGUCUUACUAUGAAAGAUCAUUUGUUCCUGCAUGGCAUCAAAUUGAUAUUGGAUGUUUCUCAUCGGAAAUAAUCAAAUCCAGAUUAUUUUAGGAAUUUAAUUGUUUGUUUCUUCUCGAUAUUAUUUUUUACGUCAUUAUUUAUUUGUUACAAAACGUGUACAUUUUCGUAUUGCACACAUACUAUUUUAAUUAAAAGUAUUCGUUAAACUUUAAUUAAUCUAAAAUAUGUUUGAACUCUUGUGGAUUAUUAGCAUGGCUUUAUGCAGAGUUUUAGUCUUUAGUUGAUGUGGGAAUCUUCUAGUUUUUCAUUUACACCGAGCUAACCGAGGGGGGCUUUCACGUCACAUUUCAAGACAGCUAUUUCUUGUUUUAUACCCUCAUUGUCUUCGGACAAAAAAGCCCAGAAGCUCUCCCAGUACGAAGAAGACUUCUCUGUGAAGUCUUCACGAUGAGAGGCUUGAAAAGGUAUUUCAACCGAAGGUCGACAAAAGCAGCAGUGGCAGGUUCAUCCAGGGGACACAUUUCAGCCGCAAGGACUGACCCCAACACCUCUGACCCGCCGGACAAGCAGUAUUUUCUCUCCCAGGCGCUCUUCGCUUUGGUUUGGAGGGUUUUUCCAAACUUAAAAAGCCAAAGUAUUCAACGAGUCAGGGCUUAAAUUCCAUAGUUUGUACACGUGUUUUUAUCAGUAGGCCUAUUUAAAUCAGCCCCCAGAAGCUUCUGAUUUGUGCAUUUGUCUCCUCAUGUCAAUAUGCAAUAUUUUUGGUUUUAUUUUUGUACAUGCUUUUUACCUUGUAUUGUGCAUUGAGAUGCGAGAAGUAUAUUGGAAAAAUAAAGAUUUCUACUGAU